AUGGCUAGCCGAGUCUUUCUGCGGGAGACACGGCCCCGAAGCCCAGCCCGACACUCCCCAGAUGAAUUUCCAGGCGAACGAAGACGGACAGAGGCGCAGGGAGGGUUUCCUUCGCUCGCCCCUCCGCUGCUGCGGCGCAGCGGCACCAGAUGGGACCCAGAAAGCAACAGCAGCAGCAGCAGCAGCAGCAGCAGCCGCAGCAGCAGCAGCCAUGAGAGCAGCGACAGCAGUGACAGCAGCGACAGCAGAAGUCGCAGCAACAGCAGCAGCAGCACGAAACGCAGCAGCAGGGGUUCUCACACUUCCUGGAGCCGCCAUUUAAGGUAUACGAGCAGCAGCAGCAGCAGCAACAGCAGCAACAGCAGCAGCAGCUACGGGCCGCCACUGCAGCUUUACCAGAGGCAGAACCAGGAGCAGCAGCAGCAGCAGCAGCAACAAAGGCAAAUGGAGAGAGGCAGAUCUUCUCAGGCUGCUUCCGAUCUUCCUUCUUUUCCCCGGUUUCGUAGCCACUGUGCAGCAGCAAAAACAGCAGCAGCAGCAGCAGCAGCAGCAAGUGCUGCUGCUGCUGCUGCCUCUGAGGCAGAAGCUGCCCGGUCCCUUGCAAAACAAAUCGAGUUAGUUACAAGAGGAAGAAGCAGAAAG